CUGAUUGCGCCACUGCACUCCAGCCUGGGCAACAAAGCGAGACUCUACCUCAGAGCUAAUGGCGAUUCAUAAUUGUGAGCCCAAGGAAGCUGCUGGGGUCGCGGGGCGAGGAACCGACAGGCGGCUGGAGUCCAGGCAGCCUCCUCCGGCAUACAGUGAAGAAGGCGCCGGAACUACAGCCAACGCCGCGGCGCCACUUCGGCCGCCAUAGCUGGGCUCACGGAAGCGCGCAGAAGACAAACUCCCACAGGCGUUUUCGCUUUCUUCGAGCGAGGCAAGACUCGGAGAGGUCCAACGUAGAGCGCGGCUGGGGUUCGACCCGUCCCUCCCUGCCAGAAGCAGCCUCAUGCGGACCGAGCCGCUGCGCGGGGCGUCCCCUCUGCUGGUGCCCGGCGACCCCUACUCCGUGGUGGUUCUGCUGCAGGGCUACGCGGAGCCGGAGGGGGUGGACGACGCCGUGCGCGCCGACGGCUCCGUGACCCUUGUCCUGCCCCAGACCUGGGGUUCGGCAUCCAGCCACGGAGAGUCCCCGCGCGAGGGUGGCGGCGCGGAGGCCGCCCUGGAGGAGGCGGCCCGUGGCCCCAUCCUGGUGGACACUGGGGGCCCCUGGGCUCGGGAGGCGCUACUGGGGGCGCUGGCGGGGCAGGGCGUGGCCCCGGAAGACGUGACGCUGGUAGUGGGGACCCACGGGCACUCGGAUCACAUCGGGAACUUGGGGCUGUUCCCAGGCGCGGCUCUGCUGGUCUCGCACGACUUCUGCCUCCCUGGAGGCCGCUACCUGCCCCACGGACUGGGUGAGGGGCGGCCCUUGCGCCUGGGCCCGGGGCUCGAGGUGUGGGCCACGCCGGGCCACGGGGGCCAUCGCGACGUGAGCGUGGUGGUGGCUGGCACGGCUCUGGGCACCGUGGUGGUGGCGGGGGAUGUGUUUGAGCGAGAUGGGGACGAGGAUUCGUGGCAGGCGCUGAGUGAAGACCCCGCAGCCCAGGAGCGGAGCCGGAAGAGGGUCCUGGUCGCUGCCGACGUGGUCGUACCUGGUCACGGGCCCCCCUUUCGAGUGCUCAGGGAAGCCUCGCAGCCCGAGACUGAGGGUGAAGGGAACAGCCAGCAGGAGCCAGUGGUCGGAGACGAGAAGCCCUCUCUGCACUGAUCAGCCCGGAGAGAGAGUGGCUUCUUGACGGGGAAGCCCGUCAGCGAGGAGCUGCUGGAGACAGAGUACUGUGGUCGGCCAGUCAGAGCAGUCAAGGGUGGUAGCUUCCAGCCCUUCCAAGAGGCCAGGUUUCUAGUAAGGACAGAGUGCACUUGACACUGCCAUCACGUCGUCAGAGACACUGCCUGUCUCUGCAGCCAAACUAAGAUCAAAGGACGGGCUCAGCCCCUGUGCAUCCUUCCUGGGCCUCAGUAAAAUGGGAGAGGAUUCCUCCGAGGGGCCUCCAAAAUAAAAAUGGAGACUGCAUUGAAAA